CCAAAUUGAUGGAACGAAAUAAGGAUUUUUCAAUCUGACACCACAAGAGUGCUUUCCCCUUUUCCUUUAGCGCAUUCCAAACCGCUGACGGACGGCUGAACCGAACGCCAUAACACCAAACCGCGCUCUGUAAACGCACAGCGUGCCACCACCUUAUGCAUUGAACCCAACAGCAAAUCUUCUACUUCCUAAACGACGCAAAUCCGAUAGCCCUGCUCAGCCAUCGUUAGGGCCUCGCCCAUGGCGCAAGUGAACGCUGGGCUGGGGCCCAGCUCCAGCCGAACGGCGGCAGCUACGAGGCCCUCGGGAGUGUUUGUCGACGCAGUUACUGGUCGCCACGCUUGCACGUCGGCCGCGGAGCUGCUGGCGACACGCCGACUCACCUGGGACAAACACUUCGGCUGGACGUACGACGCCUGGAUUGAUGACCCUGCGCAGUACGCACUGUCGGGAGCAAACGGCAGGUUUUCCCUGCCUGCCCUCGCUCUGCGUCUGUCAACGGCCGUGACGCAAGCGGCGUCCUCUGCAGCACGCUUCAUACAACAUCAGCAUUACCACCACAACAGCCGACAGCAACAGCGAUGAGAGCGGCAGCAGCAAGGUUUACAUAGGAAGAGCGGUUUGGCAUGACUUGUAUUUAUAUUAACGGCGAAUGCUAGUUGGAGGGAGCAUGAGUAGGGCAGGUGUAGGGAAUUAUGGGAAGGGUAGGGUUGUGUGAUAUACAUAGGUACGCUUAGGUAGAAGGCGUGGUACCCCGAUCAUGUAAACGUACAUCCUCAGAGGUGGCUUGAGGGGGAACCAGACGGGUUCGUACGACAAAGUGCGUCGCUUUGCGUUUUGCCGUAGUACAUUGUGCCCGUGUUGCUUUCGUACGUUGGAAGGCGCCUGCAGUGGACUUGCGGAGGGGCUAUGGAAGCGCACACUAAGCGCUAGGGCGUAGUGUGCGGUAGGUACGAAGAGGUCAAGCUACCUUGAGAUUUCGAUUCGGAAUAGGGGUACGGGUUGAACACACAGAACUCGACACACACAACCGGUCGACUGCACAGCGCUGUUGGUGGGGUGGUACAUGCAACUGUCGAUUUGCACCCAACGGUUGUACACAGCGGAUGCCGGGCCCGGGAACUGCUGUUGAUGUCCGCCUGCCUGGUGCUCCCUUUACUGUUAGCAGGUGCUGCGUUUGCUAAUCUGCUAAGCUAAGCUGUGUGCAUGUGUGGGCAAGUACAGAGUGUACAGUGCCCGUGCUUGGCAUGUAUCCAGUGUAUGGUACUGUGCGGUUACUGUGCACGCCUUCUUACAGGUAACUGCUGGUCAAUUGCGCUGUAAAUGUGUUUCCCGUG